AGGGCAAAUUCCAUUUUAAUUAAAGGUUCACUUUAUUUUGUCUUGUCCAUAAAAAUUAAUACGAUAUCCUAACAUGAAUCUCAGGGACCUACGAUUAAUAUCACUUUCAAAUUAGGACUAAAAGAAAGAAAAUCCUAUUUGCAUCUCUGUAUUGAGUGACUUCAGAAUCGCUGGCAGCUGUAGCGUUAUUGACAGGUAAAAAAAAGUACGGAAAAAGACGUACGGUACACAAGACACUUGAAACUCUUCUACCAAGCAGCUUAUGGCGUUAUGACAGCAGCAUACUAUCGACAAGGUUAGAUGCCAAGUUGAUCGAGUGUGCGACUAAACAAAGAAAAAAAAACCAUCGAAGAAAGCUGAAAUUUUCAGCCAUGGCAACGACGGAAAUUAAAUGAGCGGGAGGACCCACGGAGUGGAUACUGGAAAUAUCGACUUUGUAAACGUAUUUUCACCGGCAAUAUUGACGGGGAGUUAAUUGGCUGCGGACUGAAAGUGGAGCAAAUUUUUCAUCUAACGUUGACAUGAAUGUGAGUAGCUGGAAAGCUGCAAGAGACUUGGAACAGCGACCGGCGUACCUCGUCGUAAUCGAGGCAAUUGUAUUGGGAUUUAUUUUUCUUGCGUCAACUAUUGGCAAUAUUUUCGCGUGUUUUAUUAUGCACACAAGUCCUCGCCUUCGAACAUGGCAUAAUCUGCUGCUUCUAAACGUGAUCGUAGUCGAUUUACUAGCAACUCUAUUUUGCGUACCGUUCGGGUUAGUUGUGUUGAUAACGGGAAGAUGGAUCGGCGGAGACCUUCUUUGUUCGUUCGUGGCGUACAUAUCAUGCGUUCUUCUGACAGUGUCAAUAGUAACUCUGGCAACCAUAAGCGUCAGCCGAUAUUUCUUGAUAACGAACCUUUCAAAGUACAUGAGCGUUUUUAAGAAGAAAAAUAUCGCGUGGAUGCUUGUCGCUAUCUGGACCUUGGCCUUGUUUUCCGCUUUUCCGCCUUUGGUCGGAGGCGGCGAUUUUAUCUUCCUGCCCGGAAACGCAAUGUGUUUUGUGUAUUUUGGUUCAAGUUUGCCCUACGCUGCAGUUUUCACCCUUUUAGUGAUCGGAUUGCCUGUUGUGGUUAUCAUUGCUUGCUUUGUGAAAGUGAGGGACCUGAUCAAAGUAAACAAACGUAUGAGAUCGUUGCCGUCCGUAACUUCCAUCGCGUCGGAAGAAAUCGACUCAGCGAAGACACUGUUUUCUGUGGUUGUUAUGGUACUGCUAUGCUGGUUUCCGAUGCUGUUGUUCUUUCUGCUCGCAGCUGGAGGGGUAGAGAUGCCCAGACAGGCUUCCUUAAUGGCCACCUAUGCAGUAUUUUUGACCUGUGCGCUAAAACCUGUUAUCUAUUUCUGCAUGAAGAAGCAAUUUCGCGCGGGUUUUCUUGUUGUGCUGAGCAAACUUCUCCCCGGCCUCCACAAGAGGAGGCGGAGAAAUCGUGUUGGCCACACCUCAGUUAAGGUCACUAGGGCAGAAAGAAAUCAGUUGUAUAGCCGUAACGGGCGAUGCGACCAGUUUAGCCUCAAGCAGGAAUCGAGCGAAUUUGAAGAGACCAGGAAGAUAUAAGACGGUCAACUAACAUUUAUUAUUAAACUGAAAGUUUAUUUCCAAGACCAUUAGGACAGCAAAAUUAAAAUCCUUAGCGAAAAAGUGGACUUAACCAAUAAAAUACUGCCUAAAAUACUGUCGUUUCCAAUCGUAGCCGAAAGCUAUUUCAGUUUAGUGAUCAAUAAAAAAAGCCCAUUGGAAAAAACACUUUUUACGGCUCAAAUUAGAGCUAGGUAAUUUAUGUCAUUUUUUUUUUCAAAAGCAGCUCAAGCUGACAGGACGGUAGCUCAGGGCAAACCUGAAAACAGAUUGUUGGUUAAAUUAAAUUCGUGAGAACAAAGGGCGAAGCAAUAAUAGAAGAUUUUUGUCACACGAAGGAAGGAAAUGACAGCACGCGUUUUAAUACUUAGUUUGGCCUUUGCAUGCAUGAAACGAAAAUAAGUUGCCAGCGGCAAUGUGUUGCCAUUUGGAGGAAGGAAGGAUUUCGAUUUUUACUUAAUUUCGUCACUCUUUUUUUUUAUUUUUAUUUUGAAUCUCUCUGGUCGGAGGAAAACAUUUCGUUUUUCGUUUCCCUACAUUUAAUAGGUUUUGACUUCUCCGCCUAUAAUCUAUCUCCAUUGAGCGCAAACAUAUGUGAAAAAAAAAA